AGUGCUCCGAUUAUGAGGGUGUCGCCGUGAUAUUUACCAAAUACGGAAAUGGUUUGCCUAAAGAGUGUUGUAUUCAAAUCGGAUCAAUAGCGGUCUACCAUCUAAAUUUCGUUUUGAGAAACUAUGCUCCAGGGAUUGUGCAUUUCAUAUCAUCGAAUCUCAACCAAAUUUCUAAGGCAACAGAUGAAACUAAUCAUGUCCAAACCCAGAUUAAAAUGGAUGAUGCUGAUGCUUCUCUCGCUCAUUGCAUUCAGUUGGUGCCUAUUCUAUAGUUCCAAUAUGAACCGGGUAGACGUUCGAUAUUGCUAUAUGAAUACAUUUACUACCGUUCCUUCAAUUUAUUCACCAACACAAAACAAACCUGCCGAUGGACCACAUCUUUUAGAAGAUGUGAUGCUAGUCGAACCAAAGCCCAACGCAAGUGGACGCAGUAUCAUAUUUCACGAAACCAGUUGCCCACACGAGAAACUGCGAAGUAGUGUAAAAUAUAUGGGCAACGCACCACUUAAUAUGAUGGAGUUAACAACGCGAGAAGCUUGUGCCAUCGAGUCGGCCGCAUUACACAAUCCGAGCUUUAGCGUUUUUGUAUUAUUCGCUAGUCCCGCUUAUCGAGAUUACAAUAACACCCCACCAGUGAUAGAAGCAAUUCUCAGCUACCCAAACGUACAUCUACGUAAUUUAAAUUUAUGGACUUAUGCAGCGGGUACUCCAAUGUACCAGUGGCUUAAAGAUGGAAAGCUCUUUAGUUCCAGUUAUGUGCUUUCACAUCUUUCCGACUUUCUGCGCUACCUUACAUUGUGGCGUUGGGGAGGCACUUAUCUCGAUAUGGAUGUUGUGGUUCUGCGUAGUCUCGAAAAAUUACCACCAAAUUAUACAGGCGCAGAGUCGAGUACAUUUCUUGCGGCAGGAGUGAUGAACUUUUCUCCCGAUGGCUUUGGCCACGAAAUCGCUGAGAAAUGCUUACUCGACUUUUUGUUAAAUUUCGACGGUGGAGAUUGGGGAAACAACGGGCCGGGCGUUAUAACACGCGUUAUGAAUGAUGUGUGCAAGACUAGUAACAUUGAGUUAAUGAUGGAACCAAAACGAUGUAUGGGCUUCCAUGUAAUGCCAAGGGAAGUAUUCUACGCAAUACCUUGGAAGAAAUGGGAAUAUUUCUUCGAAGCGCAGUACCUGACCGAAACACUAGAUUUGCUUCAACAUUCAUAUGUAGCUCAUGUGUGGAACAAACAUUCUAAGCAAAGGCGUAUUAAAGUGGGCGCCAAUGCCGCUUAUGGCAUAUUAGCUGAAAGGCAUUGCCCAAAAGUAUAUGCAGCAGCAGGGGAGUAUUUUUAAAAUAAAAGAACGUAAAUGGCAAUAGGAAUC